AUGCACGCCGCCGCACACGCGCGCACGAGCGCUUUCGCCGGCGCAAUCCUUGUCCCGAAGCGCGCCGCUGUUCGAUCGCGAAACGCGCGCGCCGCGCCCGUGCGCGCGGCGACGACGGAAGAGCGACAAGAGCUGUGCAAAGCGGAAAUCCCCCCGCACUUGCCGCGAGCGGAUUUCGUGAAACAAAUGUAUCGAUGGGCGACGAGCGAGUUCGCGGAGUCCGGGCUAUCGCGCUACGGCAAGCGCAUGGCCGUGGAGUGCAUAAACGAGUUAGAAAACGGCGAUACGAAUGGCGUCUUGGUGCGGUUGUACGAUUUCGAAGACGGUAAGGAAGUUGAAAUCGCGCGGUUGAUCGCGCAAAUGGACGACGAAAAGGUGCAGGUGUGGGACACCAUCGUGCCCACGAAGGACGGGGGCAUCGAAAAGAUGAACAGAGACGGCAAGGAUAAAUUCAUCGAUGGACGGUUUUUUGUCAUUUCUCGACCGUUGCCCGCGAACGAAAACGCCAACGCAGCUUUGAAGGCGAUGAUUAAAAAUUUGAUGUUGGCCAUCAACGCUUACUACUCCUUCGGUUCUCCUUUUGCGGAGGAUUUCUAG